AUGUCAAUUACCAAUAAUAAUAACAAUCCUUUGAUAGAAGAACCUCCUGUAGAAGCAGUAGAGGAAAUCGAUGUUGUAGCUAAAGAAUGGAUCCAGGAGCAAUCAGAUAAAGAAGUGAAACGUAUUCGUGAUGUUGGAUCGAGUGUUUUACCACUUAAAAUUAAAAAUUGUGGUAUUAUUUCCAAUUUUGACAAUAAAAAGCCUAAAGCCAUUAAUAGAGUUGAAGUGGAUACAAAUUGUGACUUGAGCAAAGUACAACAAAUUAUGGUAUCACCAUCUAUUCCUUAUCCUCAUAAAGAUAAUUUCAAUUAUGUCAAUCUUAUUCUUGUCACAAAUCAACCUAUUCCAUUCUUAGUUCCUUAUUUAUACAAAACUAAUUUGAAAGUUAUACAGCCUGCAAGAGAAAUAGGAGAUCGCAAAUUUCCAAGUAAAGAAGUCAUAUUAAAAAAUGAUUUAAAAGAUUAUCUUUUAAUUAAUAAGAAUGGCAUUCGAUCUCGUUUUACUAUUCAUGAAUAUCAUGACGCUCUACUUCAAAGACAGUAUAAAAAAUCCUAUUUUUAUUCAAAUCAACAAAAUACACAGGCACAUCCUAAAAAACUAGCCAUCUUUGAUUUUGAUUCCACAUUAUUCUUUUCUCCUCUUUUAAGCCCAACAAUUUGGCAUCCUGAUCUCAUUAAACUCGCCACAGCAGAAAGUGUAUAUGGUCCAGGUUGGUGGCGAGACAUUCGUAGUUUAGAUCUAGGCCCAAUUGAAGAACUUGAGCCAAAGGCAUGGAAGGGCUUUUGGAAUGAGCCUAUUGUCAAGGAGGCUAAAAGGUGCAUUAAUGAUCCCAACACAAUGACAGUUGUUUUAACAGGUCGUCGCUAUCACCCCUUUCAUCUCUUGAUUCCUACCAUGUUAAAUUCAAAGGGACUUCAGUUUGAUUUGAUUGGUCUUCGACCUGAUCCAGAACAGGUCUCUGACAAUCAUUGGGAAGUGAAGAAUGGACAGCAACAACUCACGUACAAUUUAACAAGUUCUGUGUUUAAAUCUACCAUGCAUUUCAAGACAUGCUUUAUACUAAACUUGAUUCAUAAUGUACCUUCAGUGCGUCAAGUGACAAUGUGGGAUGAUCGUACUUACCAUGUCAAUCGAUUUAAACAAUAUUUGAACACACUCAGAUAUGAGGGAUUGAUUAAUAAAGGUCGAGUAGUCUAUGUGCCUGGAGUAAGGCCUAAAUAUAAUCCUUCGUGGGAAAAGAGAGUGAUUGGUCAUAUUAUGGAAACACAUAACAAAGCUCUUUUAGAGCAUAGGCAGGAAGGUAUUAAAAUCGGGAAAAUAGAGCAGAGAAUGAAAUGGUCUGAUGAAGCUGAUGUGAUUGAGGAGGAAGAUCCUUUAGGUCAUUCUUCAUCUGAAAGGCCCUUACGAUUAACACCUUUACCAGCUGCUACUGUCAUUAAAUUAUCCAAGGAAACAACCCAUUAUUUACAGGAUAAGUGGCGGGAAACAGUUUGGAAUGUUUGUGGAGGUGAAGAACCGGAAUAUUUUGGGGAUUGUGUUUAUUUAUCUCAACAUGUGCUUUCAAAUAAUCAAAUCAAAGUCGCUAGACUUGGAUCAGAAGUGAAAAUGAAGAUUAUUGCGUAUUCAGAUUCAAAUGACUUGGCAUGUCUAUUAUUAAAAGUACAAGUAGAAGGUUAUGAUGAAGAGGAUUUCUUACUGCCUUUAUGGUAUAAGCCCUCUGAAUAUAAUGAACUAUUUAAAACAACCUAUUAUUCAUGGAGGAGAGUGAAAGAUGAUGACAAGUCUAUUUCAAUCAUAAAUGGUAAAGUAGACUAUGCAUAUCGAUUAGGUGCAGUUGAGAAGACAAUUAGUCAAAAGCGUCCGUGUCAAUCUCAUGAUGACAAAAAGCGUUUAAAAAAAGAAUAA